CUUUAAACGCACCGACCAUGCUUUGCUGCUCACUCCAACAUCAACAGCAGCUCAGAGAGAAGAGAGAGCUGUUUACAUUCACAACCAUUUGACUCCUUGCUACCAACAGCUCUGUCAGUAAAACAAAAGUUCACUUUUUAUCAACGACGGCCAUGUUUCUGUCUCACAGGUGAACGUCAUACGCCUGAACUCACCGGCGGAGUGACUCGAGCUGAAAAAGACACCGUUUAAGUCCGCAUUUAUUUCUUUUUCUCCUCGCACGGAGCCCGAAUAGUUUGCGGAGUAAUGUCCAGGAAGAAGGCAGUCAAAGGGAAAACUGGCACCAAGAGCCCCAAGUCGUCUCCGAGGACGAGCAGAGGUUUGGCCGCCGCUGCUGCGCCUUCCUCCGGGCUGGUGUAUCCCAGCAGACCGUCCAUCAGCAACAGCGGCGAGUUCUACGACAUCGCCUUUAAGGUGAUGUUGGUGGGCGACUCUGGUGUGGGGAAGACUUGUCUGCUGGUUCGCUUCAAAGACGGAGCAUUUCUCGCCGGCAGCUUUAUCUCCACUGUGGGCAUCGACUUCAGGAAUAAAGUGAUGGACAUUGAUGCUGUGAAAGUCAAGCUGCAGAUUUGGGAUACGGCCGGACAGGAGCGUUUUCGCAGCGUUACUCAUGCUUACUACCGCGAUGCUCAUGCUCUUCUUCUCCUGUAUGACGUCACCACGAAGUCAUCUUUUGACAACAUACGGGCGUGGCUGACGGAGAUCCAUGACUACGCACAGCAGGAUGUGGUCGUCAUGCUGCUGGGCAACAAGGCCGACUCCACGCACGACAGGGCGGUGAAGCGAGAAGAGGGAGAGAGGCUGGCGAAGGAGUUCGGAGUGCCAUUCAUGGAGACCAGUGCUAAAUCUGGACUGAAUGUGGAGCUGGCCUUCACUGCGGUGGCCAAAGAGCUGAAGCACAGAACAAUGAAGGAGCCGGAGGAGCCAAAAUUCCAGCUGCAGGAAUACGUGGACAAGGAGAUGAGGACGGCUGGCUGCUGCCGCUCAUAACUCUGCCGUUAGUGUGUUGCAUGAUCAAGAAAAACACACCUUUGGUCGAGUGAAGACAAAUCACGGCUCAGUUUGUUUUCUAUUCGUGCUGAACCCACCUCUAUUUUGCAACUGUGAAUGUACCAUAAUUAUUCUUUUCAUGUUCGUCACAUGCAUGAAACACACACUACUUUUCGAUUGUAGUUGGUUAGAAUGUGAUGUACAUAUUUUAAACUGUUAUUGUGAAGUCGACCUGCUUGUGUUAGAUGCUUAAGUGCUGCAAAGUUAUUAACACAACUGUUUGUACAGAUUCACAGUUGCUGAUUCCAAUAUGCCAUGAUGUUGUGUUUGUGUAUGGAAUGUCAUCUGUAUGUGUCAGUAGGUGUUUUUGUUUGGCUCUUUUCUACCAACAAUCCCUGUCAACUACUGAAAAACCAGCUGUUUUACAUUUCAUGUUUGUAAUUUCAACGUAAUUAACACAGUUUUUCAUACAAGUCGAUAAAUGUAUUCAUGAAAAUAA